AUGUCAUCACCCUCUUCCCCAUUCUCCAUCGAUGCCUCCCAGUCGCCAGCCUCGCCGAACAGCCCACGCAGUGCGUUCCCGCUCCCACCACAGGACUUAGCGUCGCGAAACCCUUCCGGCAGAUACAGACCAAGAAGAGGCAGUUCGGCCAGCACGUUAUCGAUCAGCUCGAUAGGUGGUAGCUUAGACUUGCAAGGCAGGAGAGGAAGCACUGUCCGGGAGACAAGCCAGAAUGCUAUAUCGACACUCAUCCAGCCGCCGAUUGUCAGGACAGGUCUCUUACCGCAUACGCAGGCGACAGCGGCAGCAUCGGGCUAUAGGGCGCCGACCACGAGGGACAUCCCACCGGUGACACUAACCAAUGUGCCUCGUGUGCCUCCUGAGAGCUUUCGCGACUACCUCAAUCGAAUUGGUCCGCUGUUUGAGAGCUGCCAGCGAGGUCGGGCAGAGCCGGAGCAGUCUCAAUGGCUGAAGAAGGACAAGGAGCUAGAGAAGACAGACCGUUUCCAGGAAGCGCUGGAGAGGAGGAUUAGCAAGGACACCUCGGCACCACCAACACCUACCAUUGCACGGCAAGGCUCGGUUAGUGCUAUAUCGCCUGUGGAGACGCCUGGACAGCCACGAAGGAAAUCUUCCGCGCAGUAUCGACGGAACCGAAACGAGCCCACGCCUUUGUCCACCAUACCUAAUGUUUAUUUUGACGAAGACUUUCACCUAGAGAACCCACGAACCUUCGAUGUGGUUUCGGAACGUGCUGAGAUUGUCCGCCCUCCUCCCGGCGCGCACACCACCACAGAGAAAGCACCCAAUGGCACGACACUGCCACCACGAAAGGCUCUGGCCACGAAUGCGAUCCUGCAGGAGAAGCUCAGCUGGUACAUGGACACUGUAGAAGUGCACCUGAUCAAUAGCAUCAGCACGGCUAGUAGUGGCUUCUUUGCCGCGUUGGGCUCGUUGAAAGAGCUGCAGACAGAAGCCGAGGAAAGUGUAGCCAAGAUUCAGAGCUUGCGUGAAGAUCUGCGAAGAUUGGACAAGGAAGUGGCGGUGUCUGGGCUGGAAGUUGCUGCGAAGCGACGGAGAAGAGAGAAUGUGAGAAAGCUCGGGACAGCUACUGCGCAAGUGCAGAAUGUGGUAGAGACCGUGCGGAAAGCAGAUGAGCUUGUCGACGAAGGCGCAUAUGACGAAGCCUCGGACCAAAUGGACCGAGUCGGACGCCUGAUAUGCGGGCAGCAAGAGUCGGGGCAGGACGAUCAAGAGCUGAUAGACCUGCGGCGGCUCAAGGCACUGCAAGGACUGGAUUCCGGCUUGCAAGAGUUGCAGCUACGUAUAGGGACAGGCUUCGCUUCACGAUUCACCACGAUACUGAUGAAUGAUCUGCGACGGCACAUGGAGAAGGUAGCAUCGAGUGACACCCUGAAAAGAUGGUCGCGACAGAGGGGUGUCGCGCCGACCUAUAUGGAGACCAGUGACGACUUUCGAAAAGAACUCUUGACAGCAUUGAAGGGUCUGGAAAGAGCAGGGCAUACAGAACCAGCAUCCGCAGCGUACAGAGAAGCGGUGAAUAGGGAGAUGAAGUCUAUCAUCCGCAAGUUCUUGCCCAGCAGUAGCGACGAUGAUGCGGACAGUAUGGUAUCAACAUCGACGAGAGGUGGGAUCAGGCUGAGCCAACAGGAGAAGAGCAGCAUUCUCGCCCGUAACCUGCGUGCGCUCGAGCCAGAGGACGCAGAGAAACUGCUUGUUGGAGUGUACAGUUCGGUAGGAGAAGCGCUCCGAAGGGUAUCAACGCAGACGAAGGUCUUGCUGGACAUCACGAGCAGUAUGGACCCGCCCGAGCUAAAGUCAUCGUCAAGACCAUCGACUUCAGAUGGACAGCGACCCGAUGGAGCGCCACCUCCGCCACCAAAGGCUACAGUGCAAGAGAAGCUUUCCCAAGCAUUAGACAUGUCCAGCUUACUGGGUGUAGCUGUCGACACAGCCCAGACUCAGAUCACCAGGGUCUUGAAAGUGCGGAACGAGCAGUCUAUCAGACUACCGAAAGAGAUGUUCCUACGAUACUUCACAUUGAACCGCCUCUUUGCAGACGAAUGCGAAGCAGUGAGUGGUCGAGGUGGGAAUGUCCUGAAAGGCAUCAUUAACGCUCAGAUCUCGGGCUUCGUCCAAGUUUUAGGCACGUCAGAGACGGAGCGCAUUGCGAAACUGCUGGACAGCGACAACUGGAAUGCCACGGACUUCACCGAACAGCAGAAUGUCAUACUUCAACGAAUCCUUGCUGCCAUGAGUUCUGACCCUGCGGAAUGGUCUAAAGGUGCUGCACCUCUAUGGGAGGAGCCACAAGUCGGACCUCAUGCGAAUGGCACAGGAACAACAAAUGGCACAGAGACUUCAACCACCAACGGCACUGCCGCGAAGAGCCAGACCAAGCCAGCUUACAUCGACGACACGCGCUUCGUCCUUGUCGCCAGUGUCUCUUCAUUGCUUCCAACCAUCGACACUUUUCUCUCCCUGACAUCCGUGCUGCCAAGCAUGACGCCUCAGAUCAGUACUUCUUUGCUAGAAGUCCUCCGUAUGUUCGACUCACGCUCUCGUCAACUCAUCCUCGGCGCCGGCGCGACUCGAUCUGCAGGCCUGAAGAAUAUCACCACGAAGCACCUGGCACUCGCGUCGCAGGCCUUGAGCUUCAUCAUCGCCCUUGUGCCGUACAUGCGUGAGUGCGUGCGACGACAUAUAGCUGGUGGGCAAGGCGGCGUCCUAGCAGAGUUCGACAAGCUCAAGCGUGUCUAUCAGGAACACCAAAGUUCCCUACACGACAAGCUUGUAGACAUCAUGACAAGCCGAUCCCAGACCCAUGUCAAAGCCAUGCUUGCCAUCAACUUCGAUACAGCCACAAAUGCAGACGACAAGGCAUCACCCUACAUGGAGACUCUCACCAAAGAGACCUCUACCCUCAACCGCGUCCUCUCCAAGCACCUCGGCGAAAUAGACGUCAGCAUGAUCAUGCGCCAGAUCUUCAGCAGCUAUAAAGGUCAAUGGACGAAAGCUUUCGGGGAGGUGGACGUUAAGAGUGACAAGGGCGAGAAGCUGCUACUGAAGGAUGCUGAGGCUUUUGAGAGCAGGCUGGGGAAGAUCGAGGGCUUUGGUGAUAUUGGGAAGGAGGUUGUUGGUGUGGUAAAGGCUAAGGUAUCCGAUGAUGCGGAUGAGGAAGACAAGAAGAAGGUGGGAAUGAAUGGGAGUGAAGAGAAGGCGGAGAUGAUGUUUGAUGCGGAGGCGGCCAAUGAUGAUGAGGACGAGGCUGCGGAGGGGAAGGAUGAGAAGAAGUAG